CCUUUAAGUCAUAGAAGAAGAAGAAGAAGAAGAAGAAGAAGAAAAAAAAGAAAAGCCCCGCGGAGGAGAGGCGGAGCUGCUGCGCGGCGCUGUCACUAACAACCUCUCCGUCUCCCUGCGCUCCUUAGAAAUAGAUCUGCGGGGCAGAGCGGGCGGCCGGACUCACACUGUAGGGAAAUGAAACACGCUGCAGGUCCCGGAGCAGAAGACGAGCUGGGCUUCUCCUUCUCCUUCUCCUUCUCCUCAUCCUCCACUUCGGCUCUUUUGCUCUCGCAGCGGGACAUCACACACCGUCCGGGAUCAUGUUGUUUCUUCCUCCGACUGAGUUAUUAUCGCCUUAUAGGAUCGCAGCUGAGUGAAAGAGAAAGUCCACACGGGAUUUGAGUCUACGCACUUAUCUUUUUUUUUUUUUUUUUUUUUUUUUAACUUUAACCAUCGUGGAUGAAAUCUUUGCGUAUUUAACUUCUGUGUAACUCCAGCGGAUUGAUUGUCUGUGCCAGUCUUCUCCCUCCUCUCUCGUACUUUGGAUUAUCCCCGCAGCAAGAGGAGAUAUGUGGGUUUUAUUUGUGAUCAGUCUGGCCCUGUUGUCAGAUGCAGGUCUGACGAUGGAGGUGUUUCGUGCAGGUGUGGCUCCUCGCUGUGAGAGCCGGGCCUGCAACCCCCGCAUGGGUAACUUAGCCCUGGGUCGCCGGGUCCUGACGCAAACCGUCUGCGGCAACAACGGCACCGAGCUCUACUGCUCCUACUCCGACCCCAACGCCAACUUGGCCUGCAGUGCCGCCAAAUGCGCCAAGUGCAACGCCGGCCUGCCGCUCCUGUCCCACCUGGCCGGGGCCAUGUCCGACUCCUCCUUCCGUCACCCGAACACCUGGUGGCAGUCGGCUGAGGGGGCGGAGUCUGAGACGGUGCAGCUGGACCUGGAGGCCGAGUUCUACUUCACGCACCUCAUCGUUGUGUUUCGCUCGCCGAGGCCUGCCGCCAUGACCCUGGAGCGGUCGCAGGACUUUGGGCGAACGUGGAAGAUGCUGCAGUACUACGCCGGCAACUGCAGCGACACCUUCGGGCUGGAGGAGGGAGGAUCGGGCCGGGACGGGGCCACCUGCACAUCCAAAUACUCGGGGGCUUAUCCCUGCAACCGGGGAGAGGUGAUCUUUCGAACACUCCCAAAGUGGGAGUCCCUGGAUCCGUUCGGACUGGAGGGUCAGCAGCAGCUGCGAGUGACCAACAUCCGCAUCCGGCUGCUGAGGCACCAGCCGUGUCCGUGCCAGGCCAAAGACCUCGCCUUCGCCCGUGAAGCCCUUCCCACCCGACACUUCGCCAUCUACGACCUGAUAGUGAAGGGAAGCUGCUUCUGCAACGGACACGCCGAGCAGUGUGUUCCUGCGCCGGGAUACCAGCCCAUCAGAGACCGCACCAACCACGUGGUCCAUGGGAAGUGUGUGUGCAGACACAACACUGCAGGUGACCACUGCGAGCGCUGCGCUCCUCUCUACAACGACCGACCCUGGCAGCCCGCCGACGGAUUGACGGGGGCGCCGCACGAAUGUCGGAAGUGUAAGUGCAACGGACACGCUCAGAGCUGCCAUUUCGAUUGGUCGGCGUGGCGUGAGUCCGGCCAGCGCAGCGGGGGCGUUUGUGACUGUCUUCACAACACCGAGGGACGACAGUGUCAGAAGUGCAAGGCCGGCUUCUACAGAGACCCCCAUCGACCGCAGACCGCCCCCGACUCCUGCAAACCAUGCAACUGUCACCCCUUGGGCUCCAUGCCCUUCCACUUGGCGGACGGCUCAUCCUGCGACCCCUCCAACGGAAACUGCAUUUGCAAACCUGGAGUAGGCGGAGCCCACUGCGACAGGUGCAUGGUGGGAUACUGGGGCUUCCAUGAAUACGGCUGCCGUCCAUGUGACUGUGCAGGAGACUGUGAUCCCUUCACUGGAGACUGUAUGUUUGGCUCUGAUCUGGACCUGUACAACUUAGAGGGAAACUCCAGCGAGCCGGUCAGGAUCUUCAGAGCAGAUGAACUCUUCUCUGCCCUCCACUACUCAGAGAAGUGCGAGUGUAAAGAGCAAGCACUGACCAACAGUAAACUCUUCUGCACCAUGAAUUAUGCAUACGUGCUGAAGGUGAAAGUGCUGUCGGCCCACGAUAAGGGCUCCCACGCCGAGGUGGAGGUCAAAGUUCAGAAGGUGCUCAGUCAGAACACCAAGGUGAAGAUACAGCGAGGUCGAGUCACCCUUUACCCCGAGUCCUGGACCGCGCGGGGCUGCACUUGCCCCAUCCUCAACCCAGGGGUGGAGUACCUGGUGGCGGGACACUCGGACCGUAAGCAGGGACGCCUCCUGGUCAACAUGAAGAGCUUCGUCAAGCCGUGGAAAACCAACUUGGGCCGCAAAGUCCUCACACUACUCAAGACGGACUGCAACUGGUAGACAGACGGUUAAAACACCGGAGGCCCGACGGACACACGGACCGACGAGACUGUUUGAAACAAAGCCGUGGAUUCGUGUUUUCUUUCCCUCCAGAUGUGGAAUAUUGAAUCGCACAGGAUUUCGGGGGCGGGGCGGGGCGGAGACUGGACAGACAUUUGAAACCCCUCCUCCAUUCUUCUGCUGUUGUCCAAUGAGAGCAUAAAGCUAGUGGUGGACUGCACACGCUAAAAGCACACAGGAUGUAAUUUUCGUUAAGACAUAUCUGCCUCGCAUCUGAGCAAAACUGUCACUCUUACAUUCUUAUGUAGGAUUCAAGCAAAUAUUUCCUUUGCUGUUGCUGCUGCAGAUCAAGAAAUUGAGGAAUUCAGUGCUAUGACCGAGAGUUCUCUAUACUGAGUGACCGAACGGACCCUAGACCCAUUGACAUUCAUUAAAAACACAUGCACAUGAAACUGAAUUCCCUCCUCUCUGCAGCACUUUAGCCUAAGAUGGACUGAGGGAUUACGGACACACAAAGAGAGGAAGUUUAACACACACACACACAAAUCUACAAUGCCUGACAUAGACUGUGGAUGGAGUGUGUGCUGCUUUACAGUGGACACACACUUCCAGAGGCAGCAGUGUGUGUGUGUGUGUGUGUGUGUGUGUGUGUGCUGCAGAAACGAUGUGCAAAGCACCCAGAGUGACGCUCAACAAGCCAUACAAGCCACUACAGGUGGUUAAAUCUUAGCCAGUCCAGGUGUGCCUGUGUUGAAAUCAGAGUGAAUGGGUUUUACCCCAAACGUGAAUGUAUUUGCCUGACUGUUUUUGCAAAAUGUGUGUGUGCAUGUGAGCUAGAGAGAGAGAGAGAGAGAGAGAGAGAGAGAGAGAGAGAGAGUGGUUGAAUGCAGCGGUAAACUACGAGCACAGUCCAGAUUCAGUCCAGCUCUUAAGCUUUUCUUUAGGUUUGAAUACACUUUCAAAAAAACACAGCCGUUCCAAUGUUGAUGAUUACGUUACGUACUGUAUAUUGAUUCAUCUCAUAUUACACUCCACUGCUGAAUUCAGAAAAAAUCCUUGUUAUUCCUUCCUUUGUGCUCCUGUACAGUAUUAUUUGUAUAUAUCUAUAUAAAUAUUAUUGUUCAUCUUU